AUGUCCACUCCCGACCUACCAACCAAGAUGUGGGCAGCGCAAGUUGUCGAGUUCAACUCACCGUACAAAGUUCACCAAAUCCCCCUUCCGUCAGACCUCGCACCGAAAGACCUCCUAAUUAAAGUCGCCGUCGCAUCACUUUGCCACACAGACUCCAUGGUCUCUGCUGGCAACAUGGGCACACCCCUUCCCUGCACAGCUUCUCAUGAAGGCGCCGGUACCAUCGUAGCCAUAGGUUCUUCCGUAAAGGACUUCGCGGUAGGCGACAGGGUCAUGGCAGGACUGUUAUACCAUGCAUGUGGGACCUGCGCUGAAUGUCAAGGCCCCUCGGCUUGUCCGCAAUACUGCCAGAAGACUGGUGGUUUCCUGGGUGUGACAAACCACGGCUUUUUCGCUCAAUACGCGAAAAUUGAUGCGGAGCAAACUGCAAAGUUACCUGACAAGGUGUCUUUCGAGACUGCUGCUCCGCUGGCUUGUGCGGGUAUCACUAUCUACCGUGGCAUUGUCUUGUCUGCCGUGAAAAAAGGAGAAUGGAUAGCCAUUGUAGGUAGUGGAGGUGGCCUAGGUCAUCUCGGCGUGCAGUUUGCAAGGGCAAUGGGGUUGAACGUUAUUGGUAUCGAUGCGCGAGAUGAAGGUUUGGAACUCACGCGGCAUUGUGGUGCAGAUGUUAUCAUUGAUGCUAGAACAAGCAGAGAGGAUAUCAUCAAAGCUGUACAUGCUUGUACGAACAAUGAAGGUGCGACGGCUACUUUGAACGUAAGCGAUGCUUCCUCGGCGGCGGCUACGGCAUGUGCUAUCACCAAAAUGCAUGGCACUAUGAUUCAGAUUGCGCAACCGGAUGACGUGGUAAUCCCGUAUCAUGAGCUCAUCUUUCGCGAUAUCAGGGUCAGAGGGUCGGUCAUCUCUACUGUAGGUGAGGCGCGCGAUAUGUUGAAACUGGUUGCAGAGCAUGGUAUUACAGUGCAGACGAAUCCGUUUCAGGGGUUAAGUGAGAUUGAGAAGUUGGUUGAGUUAGCGCAUGGAGGCAAAAUGAAGGGAAAGGGUGUUAUUAUCAUGGACCAGAAGCAGGUAUAG